AUGCAGCCUACGGCUGACAAGGGCUUGAACAUGCUCAUGGAGGUGUCCCUGGACUGGCCACAUCCGGUACUAUGCCGUUCGGCCGUCGAGCAGCUGCUUGCCGACAAAACACGUACUGUGGAGAUUGGCUUCAGCGUCUGCACGCCCACUCCCAAUGUCGUUGUGCAUGUCGAGGCCAAGGCCACAUUCUCUGGGUACUGCGCUAUAUCGAGUCUUCGUCGCCGCGCGUGCCAUCGCCGCCGUACAACAGCUGCGAACUGUCGACAGACUCGUCCGAUUACUCGACAAUGUCGCGAUCCCACAGCCAGUCCGAGCCGCAAAGGCAGCCAGCAGACUAGCCAGCAGAUGUCGCCGUCGGUCAGCCAGCUUGGUCCGCUGGGGCAAAGGCCAGAAGAGUUUGAAAUCGAGGACUCGAUGCUCCCGCGUCGAGACGAUGGUGUGGAUGCUCGAGGAGAAACCACCCCGCCAUCGUCGCCAUUGGAAUCUAUUACAUGCCGGAUCUGCGACCGCGCGAUCCCAGCAGCCUACUUUGAAGAGCACACAUGGCUGUGUGCGCGGUCGCAUCGCGCCGCCAUGGAUGUUGAGCAGCAAAACGACAAACUGUCGGAUAUGAAGACCAAGCUGCAUGCAUGGUACCCUGGCUGUAGUAUCAUUGAGCUGGAAGAGCUGGUACAUGGUGAGACCGAUGCUGCUGAUGUGCAGCAGCAUGCUGAGUUGCAAGCUGCAGAGAUCGGCAGCCCGAUGUGGGAGACGCUGGUGGGCGAGGCCAGCGAGGCUAUUUCGGGUCUCUCGCACAUCUGCUAUGUGGCCAUGACCCUCGACACCUUUGAUGCGACCCCCAAGUGUGAUAUCCCAGAAGAGGGUUCCAACACGUCAUCCAUUUCGUCUCAGGCCGGCGACUUUAUUCGUUCAGAAAGCUGGCUGGAGACGGAGCGGUUCAAGCUCCCUGAGCUUACCUUUGUCGACCCGUGCUUUGAUGAGUUAGCCCAGGCGGCCAUUCUAGCCAUGAGGGCGAAGCGCGACGCUAUCGAUAGCUUGCAAUACGCGAUCAUUGAGGCAUCCAUUGCAUGCAGCAGGUGGUUGAUUCCGGUUCAGGAUAUAAUCGAUGAGGUUGCUCCGGUUGCAGCUGCAAAGCUUCCAAUGCAGAGCUCACCGGCACCCGCGGGCGUCCUGGCGGCUUCAGCACCUGACAGCAGCAGCACUCCUCACCUGGGCGGCUAUUGCGCAGCGGCUUUCGUCGGCAAAGCAUUGCGGCAAGUGCAUCUGCGAGUCCAAAUGCUGCGUCUGUGGGAAACGACAGGCAAGAAACCAGCGGGCCAGAAAAAUCGCCAAAAUCUUCACCAUUGGCGUUUGGACAGCGUUGUGCCCUCGUCUAUCAAGCCCGCUGCCGACAGCUCGUCGCAAACACACAACUCCCCAGGAUCACUUCGCAUCACGACAUCUAGUUUACACCCGUCCAAGUCGCACAUUCCGUCAACCGUAACCAUGGGCAUGGGCAGCAGCGCAUCAUACCUGGUAACGCCCACGAUCCCGUCGAUCAACGACUUUGUUCUCCUGAAGCCAAUUAGCAAGGGAGCCUACGGGUCGGUGUUUCUAGCCAAGAAACGCACGACCGGCGAGUACUACGCGAUCAAGAUCUUGAAGAAGGCAGACAUGAUAGCCAAGAACCAGAUCAGCAACGUCAAGGCCGAGCGCGCAAUCAUGAUGGCACAGACCGGGUCCCCGUUUUCGCGCACCAACCUGUACUUGGUCAUGGAGUACCUGAACGGUGGCGACUGUGCUUCGCUGCUGAAAUCGAUUGGCGCGCUGCCUGAGGACUGGGCCAAGCAGUACCUGGCUGAGGUUGUGCUGGGCAUCGAGGACCUGCAUGGGAGAAAUGUCGUCCACCGCGAUCUGAAGCCAGACAACCUGCUGAUUGACUGUGACGGUCCACUUGAAGCUGACGGACUUUGGGCUAUCCAAGCUCGGAUUCCUGGGCCGACGUGUCGACCAGCAGCAAUCGCUUGCAAACAACCAGCACCUGGAGUAGCUCGCAAGGAGAUGAAUGCCAGCGGGCAUAGCGAACUUGCAGCAAUGGAGCCGAUCAGCACAGGUCGGGUGUGGCAGCCCUAUGUGGCGAACCCAGUACGGACUCCGCAGCAGUUGCUCACUGAGACACCACUAGCUCUAGCGUCCAACCCCAGUCGCUGGAUCAUCAGACCCGCAUGCAAUGGCACCUAUGGCGCCGUCGCCAAUUAG